CACAUACACACACACAUGCACAAAUAGAGAUCCAGUGACUGCUCUGUGUCUCUCACACUCUCAUCCCUCUCCCUCCCUCUCUCUGUCUCUCUCUCUCUCUCCCUCCCUCUGUCUCUCACUCCAUUCCUCUGGGCUCUGCAUCCUUCUUGCUUCUUCUUCCCACUAGUCAGAAUGUGUUUGUAAGUACAUGCUGAAUGUCUCCCUCUGUAUGCCUGGGCUUCCUUAAGUCUUUUGUAUGUGUGAGUGACUGGUUGCCUAGUUAAGUGUGACUGAGCAGAGCAGUGGGGUGUAUCAAGUGUAUGUGGGUCUCUGUCUCACCCUCACACACUCGCCGCUCCUCCUGCAACUCUUCUCGGGAUCUCUGGGUCCCUCUCCUCGGUGACAGGCUCCUUACACUAAGCAGUCACCAUUUCUGCUCCCGGGAGACCCACGCUGGCAGCGCAGCCCCUUCCCCGACUCAGCAUCGGGAGGAAGACCCUGGUGGCGGCUGCCGUAGGGGUUAUGCUGGUCCUGGUGCUGGUGGUACUCAUCCCUGUGCUCGUUAGCUCAGUGGGUACAGAUGCCAGCCACUAUGAGAUGCUGGGCACCUGUCGCAUGGUGUGCGACCCCUACCUGAACAAGGGCACUCCGGCCAGCAGUACCAGCUCCACCAGUCUCCAGGCUGAGGCUGAGGCGUUGAGCGACCAAGGCAACGUGCUUCCACCCUCCACCUUACUGCAAGGCCCACAGGGGAAGCCUGGCAGGCCAGGCAAGCCCGGACCACCUGGACCGCCGGGGGAACCGGGCCCACCAGGACCAGCUGGGCCUCCUGGUGACAGAGGGGAUCAGGGAAGGACUGGGAUUUUGGGUCUGGGGGGAAAUGGAGCUAUCAGCACAGCCACCUACAGCACGGUGCCACGGGUGGCCUUCUACGCGGGGCUUAAGAACCCCCACGAAGGCUAUGAGAUCCUCAAGUUUGACGACGUGGUCACCAACCUGGGCAACAACUUUGAUGGCAUUUCGGGCAAGUUCAUCUGCAGCAUACCAGGCACAUACUUCUUCAUCUACCAUGUGCUGAUGAGAGGAGGGGAUGGCACCAGCAUGUGGGCAGACCUCUGCAAGAACGGCCAGGUUCGUGCCAGCGCCAUCGCCCAAGACGCUGACCAGAACUACGACUACGCCUCCAACAGCGUCAUCCUCCAUCUGGACGCGGGCGACGAGAUUUAUAUCAAACUGGACGGAGGCAAAGCCCACGGCGGCAACAACAACAAGUACAGCACCUUCUCCGGCUUCAUCCUCUACGCAGACUGAAGGCACACAGACCCAGAGACAGUCGGACGGGAAGUGACAGAGAGGAAGAGUUGUACGACUGGGGGGGGGGGGGGGGGGGGGGUUGUGUGGGUGUGUGUUAAAAAGCCGGAAUCCUUCCUAGUUUUCCUAAAUCUCUCCAUCAUCACGGACACCUCUGCUUCGUAUCCAUCAAGCCACGGCAUCCAGGCUCUGUAGCCGAGCCUGGACGCAAAGCUCCCGAAGGACACACUGAGAGGGGGACGGGCCCGGCGGCGUGGGAGGAGUGGGACGUGGGGAGGAGGUGGGCUGGUUUUCUUCUGCGCUCCUCGACAUAAUGCCGACGUGUCAGAACCUCCUCGCUUUCAUCGUCUCUCCUCUUCAGCCCUGCCCCAUUGC